AUGUCCACCUCCGCCAGUGGCGACAAGCAGAAUCCACGCCUAGUCCAGGUGACGAGGGCUGAUCAGGUCAAGACGGGGCAUGGACAGACGGAUGGGAUGAUACGGCAGUCGGCCAUUGUCGAGCUAUCCCCUUCCAUUUGCGGCACGUUGAUGCGCGCCCAACCGCAUUCCGCUUCAGCAGUCCACCAUCAUGGCACACAAGACACCAUCGUCUACGCCGUCAGCGGCUAUGGCUCUCUCGUAUCAUCCUCAGGCAAGGGCAAAGACGGUCUGUUUGGGGAUGUCAGGCAAGAUCUCAAGCCAGGAGAUUGGGCAUUGAUCCCCGCAUACCGGGAGCAUCAGGAGGUGAACGACGGAGAUGAAGAGGUCGUCUGGGUCAUAGUGCGGGCGCCGGGAGGGAUCCCUGUCGUCGAGAACCUGAAGGGUUGGGGCGAGAGCUUGGAGAUGUAA